CCUCAUGCAGGUAUGUACAGUUUCUUACUACCUUAACUGCUUACCGCGAACCCUCUUCUAGAAUUGGACGUUAUGCGCGAUCGUAGCACUCAGAUCACGCACCGUAUUACCUGAUCUGGCGACCUACUUCACCUCGCCACGAAUACAAGGACCUCUCGCCACUAUGGCCUCCUCAAGCGAGCAGAAGAAUAUUGUCAUCAUCGGUGGGGGUAUAAUCGGCUGUACGAGCGCAUACUACCUCACUCGGCAUCACUCAUACGACCCCAGUAAGCACAAGGUCACAGUACUGGAAGCGAGCGUCGUCGCAGGGGGCGCGUCCGGCAAAGCAGGUGGAUUGCUGGCGCUCUGGGCGUACCCCAGCAGUAUCGUUCCCCUGAGCUACAAGCUGCACCAGGAGCUCGCGAACGAGCAUGAUGGCGCAAAGAGAUGGGGCUACAGGGCGGUACACUGCGGGUCUGUUGAUUGCAUUGGUCGACAGCUGCCCGAGAAGAAGGCCCAGGACGAGAGUAGUGCAGAUGGGACGAACGCGAAUGGACAGUAUGGCGCUGGAGGCAAGGUCGACGAUGUGAGUCUGCAGAAGAACCCACCGAAGAAGAAGCAGAAGAGCAGUGCGAGAAGAGACGCGAUGGGUAUUCCAGAGGACUUGGAUUGGCUUGCACAAGAUUCACUGAGGUCAUAUGAGGAGAUGGGAGAUCCGAGUACCACGGCACAAGUUCAUCCAAAGCUCUUCACACAAAGUAUGGCAGACUUGGCACAGGAGAAAGGUGUCCAAGUGAAGACUCAUUGCCCCGUAAAAAGCAUCAAUUACCACAACAACGGCUCUGCCGUCGAGAGCGUCACAUACACAGACACCAGCACGGGUCGAGAAGAAACCCUCCCGGCAACUGACAUUCUCCUCGCCGCCGGGCCCUGGACCAAAGAGCUCUAUCCCCAAGCCCCCAUCGAUGCCCUCCGAGCCCACUCCGUCACCAUCCAAGCCAACGUCUCGCCCUACGCACUCUUCACGCAGAUCAAACUCCCUCCCCAAUUCCCUACCUCCACGUCCAAAGGCCCUCAUAGCAAUACCCUCGUCAGCCCCGAAAUCUACGCUCGACCCAAUAAUGAAAUCUACGCCUGCGGCGAAGGCGACACGUCUGUGCCCCUACCUCCCACAUCCGAUCAAGUCGAAGUCGACCCGACUCGCUGUCAGGAUAUCGUAGAUUUCGUCUCGAGUAUAUCGGACGAGUUAAGGGAUGGGGAGGUGACGGCGCGACAGGCGUGUUAUUUGCCGAGUGUGCGAGGGAGUUCUUCGCCACUGGUGGGUGCGAUCUCGGGUGUGAAGGGAUUGUGGAUUGCGGCGGGGCAUACUUGUUGGGGGAUUCAGAAUGGGCCGGGCACGGGGAAGGUGAUGAGUGAAUUGUUGAUGAAGGGGAGGGUGGAGAGUGGGGGAAAGGGGUUGCUGCGGGGUUUGGAUCCGGGGAGGAUGAUGGUUGGAUGAGAGUGAUGAUGAAUGAGGAUGGAUAGAUAUUCGUAAGCAGAUCUACCUAGCCAUGAUUUGCAAUGAUCAAAAAAAAAGAGAGAGCAUUUUCU